AUGGCUAGUACAAUGUCAUUUAUUACAAGUAAUAAAGGCAAACUAUUGUUAGUUCGUGAUAAUUACAUUUAUUAUAUUAGUAAAACAACAGCUACAGUUAAAUAUUGGAAAUGUGAAGAUCGUAGUUGCAAUGCCGGUGUUCAUACAAAUACUAAGGAUGCAUUUAUAAAAACAGUUGUUAUAAAUGAAACAACAGCAAUAGCUAAAAUUUAUGAUGAAGAACUUGCUCGGCAACAAAUGUCACAAACAGCAGCUGCUAUUAUGCCAUCAUCAUAUGAAGCAAAUUCAGGUUUAAAUCGUGCGCGUAGAAAAAUGACGCCGGUAUUACCAACGUCAUAUGUAUUUGAUAUACCAGUUCAAUACCAAGUUACACUUAAUGACGAACAGUUUUUAUUAUGUGAUAAAACAUUACAUAAUAAACGUUUAUUACUAUUUGGUGUAGAUCAACAAUUAACAUUUCUAUUUUCUGGCAAACGUAUUAUGAUGGAUGGUACAUUUGAUACAUGUCCACCCUAUUUUGAUCAAGUUUAUACUAUUCAUGCAAUUAAACCUGAAAAAGGUAUCAGAACUUUUCUUACUGAAGUUGCUCAUUUUUGUGUACUCAAAAAGUGA